CGUAGCAGAGGAACAAUGAAAACCCCUUAUAUCGACGUUUACGGCGUUGUCAAUUUGUCACCACACUCGGCGCCCUAAAAAGCUAUAAUCGCUCUCGUCUUUUUCUCUUCUCCGUCGCAACCGUUACCGUCAGCUCGUUACCGAUGGAGUUCUGGGGUGUUGAAGUUAAGGGUGGUGAGCCACUUAGGGUGGACCCUGGGAAGGAUAUGAUUGUGCACAUCUCACUGGCUGCUCUAGGUGAGAAGAAGAACGGUGGAAACGAGCCUGUUAGGCUCUACACGAAAGUUGAAGAUCAGAAGCUUCUGAUUGGGACGCUCUCGCAUGAUAAGUUUCCUCAGCUGUGCACGGAGAUUGUGCUGCCAAGGUCUUUUGAGCUGUCUCAUAGCUGGAAGGAUGGGAGUGUUUUCUUCACCGGCUACAUAGUUGAUGCUCAUGAAUCUGAUUCUGAGUCUGAUGACGAGGAGCUUGCUGAGCCAGAUGUUGCGAAAUCAGGUGUGAAACAGGUGAACUUUCAGUUGCCUAAGGCCGAGGAAGAUGAUGAUGAGGAUGAUAGUGAUGAUGAGGAUGCUGACUCUGAAGAUGAGGAGGAAGAAAAGAAGGUUACAGUUGAAGCUGACGAGGAUGAUGAUGAAGACUCAUCUGACGAUGAGGAAGAUGAGGAAGAUGACUCAUCAGACGAGGAGACCCCAGAGAAGAAGGUUGAAGAAGCCAAGAAGAGGCCUGCAGAAGCCAACACCUCGAAGACUGCUUCAAACAAGAAGGCUAAAUUCGUAACUCCUCAGAAAUCAGAAUCGAAGAAGCCACACGUCCACGUUGCGACUCCGCAUCCAUCAAAGGGAGUAAAGAGCUCGGGAAGUAAUGGAGAGACCUCGAAGCAGCAGCAGCAGACACCCAAGUCUGCAGGUGCAUUUGGGUGCAGCUCCUGCAACAGAACGUUUAACUCGGAGAUGGGCUUGCAGUCUCACACGAAGGCCAAGCACAGUGCAGCUGCUUGAAGUCUGAUGAAGAAGAAAGAGACUAUCCAUAAUCCUCUUUAGACUUUUGAUGUUUUUGGUUUUCAAAACUUGAGUUUGCGAGUGAACCAGUUUUAGUUAUCUUUUUCCUAAUCGUCAGGGUAGACGAAACUUUUCUGAACCCUUUAUGUUUAGUGCUAAUAUGGUGGAUAUUAUAUUA